GCCGGGGAAGGGCGCUCUUGCCGCGGAGGCUGUGGCGGACCCGGAAGCGCUCGGCCGCCGUCGCGACCCCCGGCGCCCCGGAUGGGGAAGGAGGCGGGCGGCCGCCCUUCCCGGCCGCGCAGCCCUAGGAAUUGCGGGCAGGAACUUGGCCUAGCCUGGGUUGCCGCCUUUGAAAGUGAGGCAGGUCGGUGCAGUGUCAGCCACCACCCGGCAUGGGAUUUCCAGAGAGGUCUUAUUUCGGAACUUUAUAAGGAACGAGAACCACGUGGACUUCUGCGAGGGAGGCCUGAGUUUGAGGGAGAGGAUAAUGGGGACCCAGCCUGUAGCUGACACUGAGGAGGCCAAGUGGCAGAAGGUCCUGUACGAGCGACAGCCGUUUCCCGAUAACUACGUGGACCGGCGUUUCCUGGAAGAGCUCCGGAAAAACAUCCACGCCCGGAAGUACCAGUACUGGGCCGUGGUGUUCGAGUCGAGCGUGGUGAUACAGCAGCUGUGCAGCGUCUGUGUGUUUGUGGUCAUCUGGUGGUAUAUGGAUGAGGGCCUUCUGGCCCCCCAGUGGCUCUUUGGGACCGGCCUGGCCUCUUCGCUGAUUGGCUAUGUUUUGUUCGAUCUCAUUGACGGAGGUGAAGGACGGAAGAAGAGUGGGCGGACCCGGUGGGCUGACUUGAAGAGCGCCCUGGUUUUCAUUACUUUCACCUACGGUUUUUCCCCAGUGCUGAAGACCCUGACGGAGUCUGUCAGCACUGACACCAUCUAUGCCAUGUCAGUCUUCAUGCUUUUGGGCCACCUCAUUUUCUUUGACUAUGGCGCCAAUGCUGCCAUUGUAUCUAGCACGCUGUCCUUGAACAUGGCCAUCUUUGCUUCUGUCUGCCUUGCCUCGCGCCUGCCCCGUUCCCUGCAUGCCUUCAUCAUGGUGACUUUUGCCAUCCAGAUUUUUGCCCUGUGGCCCAUGUUGCAGAAGAAACUGAAGGCAUGUACUCCCCGUAGCUACGUGGGUGUCACGCUGCUUUUUGCAUUUUCAGCCUUGGGAGGCCUGCUGUCCAUUAGUGCUGUGGGAGCCGUCCUCUUUGCCCUUCUGCUGGUUUCCAUCUCUUGUCUCUGCCCUUUCUACCUCACUCGCCUGCAGCUUUUUAAAGAAAACAUUCAUGGGCCUUGGGAUGAGGCUGAAAUCAAAGAAGACUUGUCCAGGUUUCUCAGCUGAGUUAGGGACUUCCAUUCGGUUCUUAAGGGAAGCUGAUAGACUAAUCUCCCGGCUCAUACAAGAUUUGAAGGCAGGGGGCGCCUGGGUGGCUUAGUCGGUUAAGCGUCCGACUUCAGCCAGGUCACGAUCUCGCGGUCUGUGAGUUCGAGCCCCGCGUCAGGCUCUGGGCUGAUGGCUCAGAGCCUGGAGCCUGCUUCCGAUUCUGUGUCUCCUUCUCUCUCUGCCCCUCCCCCGUUCAUGCUCUGUCUCUCUCUGUCUCAAAAAUAAAUAAAUGUUAAAAAAAAAAAUUAAAAAAAAAAAGAUUUGAAGGCAGAAUCCCAUUCUGGAAGCAACAUACUAUUGUGGGUGGGGGAACAGAGAUCAAAAGAAAAAGCUAACCAAGGGCGUGAGUGAUGAAGGUGUUUUUCUUUCUGUUACUUUGUGGAUGAAAAAGCUUUCUGGGACCCUCUUGAAUUACUGCCUCAUUAUUGCUGUAACAAAGGAAGUGAUGUGGUUUCUAUUAAAAAAAUAACAACACAUCCA